CGGAGUUUCUCCCGAUGAACAUCUUGUCCGACUUCCCAAAGCGAACCAAAAAACAUCCCGGCUGACUAGCUGCGCCUCCUCCUCCUGUGCCGCUGCGCUCACAGAAGACGUGCCCCCGGCGGGACUUGACUGUGGCCUCGCCGCCGCCGCCGAGUCGCCGGACUUUUUAUUCGUGUUGGGACUACUGCUAUACUACUACUUUUUUUAAACGGCGGAUUUUUAACGCUCCCGAGCGAGAGAAGAUGUCGGCGUGUGACGCCGGAGAAAGUGUGCCUUGUUCGUCGGAGGCCAGCGGCGGCUUAGCUCCGCGGAGCUAACGUGCUAACGUCACAGGUGUCUUGUAAGGCGGCGAAUAACCAAACGUAUUUCAAUUUUUUUGGGGGGGUGGUCGAUAUCGGGGUUCUUCGCCCCCAAUGCCACCACUUCAUCCAAGUCGACGUGCCUGUAAUAGUUUUCAGUCGGCGAGAGUGUCGCAUAGCCAUCUUGUUGUUAGCUGUUAGCAUCCGAGUUAGCCGCCGUGCAGUGUUUACACCGAACGGUGGGCUAGCCCCCUCGUUAGCCACCGAAGCUAACGAGUGGACCCCGGAGCUCCAUGUGCUUAAUUCCGCAUGUAGCUUGCUUUUCGCCGCCUAAAAAAAAAAGCCUUGCCCAGCUUGGUUCGUAUAUAAGUAUACAGUAUAAGCCAGCUGGUCGAGUUGGACAGACGGACUCUUUGAGCCGUGCCCGCCGCCCUGGACUGACCGACCCACCCACCCACAAAAGGGGGCUAACUAUCCGACGGCGCCGAUGCUGACAGUUCGGGCCGGAGCACGGCAACGCCAAGAGCCGCCGCCACCGUCGCAGCAGCAGCAGCAGCAGCAGCAACCGCGAUGCAGCCCCAGCAGAUCUACGACUUUUCCAGUGACGACAACAGUCACAAGUGGAGAGGCCUCUUCGUGCAAGCCCUACGCAAGGUGCAGAAGCAGGUCCACCCCAACCUCCUGGCCAAGGAGGACGCCCUGCAGCACAUCGAGGAGCUGAUCCUGCAGCUGCUCAAUAUGCUAUGUGUGGCGCAGCCUCGCUCCGUGCACGACGUGGAGGAGCGAGUCCAGAAGACCUUCCCCCACCCGAUAGACAAGUGGGCCAUCGCCGACGCGCAGUCGGCCAUCGAGAAGCGGAAGCGAAGGAAUCCCUUACUUCUCCCCGUGGACAAGAUACACCCGCUGCUAAAGGAGGUCUUGGGCUACAGAGUGGACUACCACGUGUCGCUGUACAUCGUGGCCGUCCUCGAGUACAUAUCGGCGGACAUUUUGAAGCUGGCGGGCAACUAUGUGGGCAACAUUCGGCACUACGAGAUCAGCCAGCAGGACAUCAAAGUUUCCAUGUGUGCCGACAAGGUGCUGAUGGACAUGUUUGACCAGGAGGACGACAUCGGCCUGAUGUCGCAGAGCACGGACGAGCCCUCCGCGUCGGGGGAGCUUACGUACGACGACCUUGUGCGGCUGGAGAUCGCCGAGGAGCGCCAGUACCUGCGCGAGCUGGACCUCAUCAUCAAAGUGUUCCGUCACCACUUCCUGUCCAACUCCAAAAUCUUCACGCCGCGGGAUGUGGAGGUGAUCUUCAGCAACAUCUUGGACAUCCACGAGCUGACGGUGAAGCUGCUCGGCCUCAUCGAGGACGCCGUGGAGAUGACGGCGGACGGCAGCCCUCACCCGCUGGUGGGCAGUUGCUUCGAGGACCUCGCCGAGGAACAAGCGUUUGACCCCUACGAGACGCUCUCCCAGGACAUCUUGAGCAAAGACUUCCACGAGCACUUCAACAACCUGAUGGCCCGACCCACCGCGGGCCUCUACUUCCAGUCCGUAGCAGAAGGCUUCAAAGAGGCCGUCCAGUACGUCCUUCCACAGCUCAUGAUGGUGCCUGUGUACCACUGCAUGCACUACUUUGAGCUCCUGCAGCAACUUCAGGAGCGCAGUGAAGAUCAGGAUGACCGGGAGUGUCUGAAACAGGCCAUCACGGCGCUGCUCAACCUCCAGUGCAGCGUGGAGCGCAUCUAUGCCAAACAGCAGCCUCGACGAAAACCUGGUGAGCCCAUGUACCGCCUGUACAGUCGGCAGAUUCGUAGCAAACAGCUAGCCAUCAAGCGCAUGAAUGAGAUUCAGAAGAGCAUCGACGGCUGGGAGGGCAAGGACAUCGGCCAGUGCUGCAGCGAGUACAUCCUGGAGGGCCCGCUGCUGCGUGCCGGCGCCAAGCACGAGCGCCACAACUUCCUGUUCGACGGCCUCAUGAUUAGCUGCAAGGCCAACCAGAGCUCGCGGCUGCCGGGAUCGGGGAGCGGCGCCGAGUACCGCCUGAAGGAGAAGUUUGUGCUGCGCAAGGUGCGCAUCGUGGACCGCGAGGACUCGCUGGAGCUGCGGCACGCCUUCGAGCUGAUUGGCAAGGACGAGAACUGUGCCGUAUUCUGGGCGCGGACGGCCGAGGACAAGGCGGCGUGGAUGGCGGCGCUGGUGACCUUGCAGUACCGCUCCACGCUGGACCGCAUGCUGGACACGGUGCUGCAGCACGAGGAGCAGGCGCACCCCCUCCGGCUGCCCUCGCCAGAGGUGUACCGCUUCGCUGUGCAGGACUCUGAGGAGAACAUCGUCUUUGAGGACAAAGUGCAGAGCAAAACGGGCAUCCCCAUCAUCAAGGCGGGCACCGUGGUCAAACUCAUAGAGAGGCUCACCUACCACAUGUAUGCUGAUCCAAACUUUGUGCGCACUUUUUUGACCACAUACCGAUCAUUCUGCAAGCCUCAGGAGCUUCUGACACUUCUGAUUGACAGGAUCGAAAUCCCAGAGCCGGAGCCCACAGAGGAGGACCGGCAGGCCCUGUGGAACGGCGACCAGCCGAUGGCGGCCGAGCUCCAGAGGUUCCGGAAGGAAUACGUGCAGCCGGUCCAGCUCAGGGUUCUCAACGUUUUCCGCCAGUGGGUGGAGCAUCAUUUCUACGACUUUGAAAACGACCCCGAGCUGAGGAGUCGCUUAGAGGAAUACAUCAUGAGCAAAAUCCAGCUGCGAGGAAAGUCCAUGCGCAAGUGGGUGGAGUCCAUCAACAAAAUCAUCCGGCGCAAGCUGCAGACGCAGUCCAACGGCGUUAGCCACAACAUCACCUUCGAGAGCCCGCCCCCACCCAUCGAGUGGCACAUCUGCCGUGCCGGCCAGGUGGACUCCUUCGACCUCAUGACCCUGCACCCCAUCGAGAUCGCCCGGCAGCUGACCCUGCUGGAGUCCGAGCUCUACAGAGCCGUGCGUCCGUCUGAGCUGGUGGGCAGUGUGUGGACCAAAGAGGACAAAGAGAAGAACUCGCCCAACUUGCUCCGAAUGAUCCGACACACCACCAACCUCACGCUGUGGUUUGAGAAGUGCAUUGUGGAGACCAUGAACCUAGAGGAGCGCGUGGCGGUGUGGGCGCGCGUCAUCGAGAUUCUGCAGGUCUUUCAGGAGCUCAACAACUUCAACGGCGUGCUGGAGGUGGUCAGCGCCAUCAACUCUGUCCCCGUGUACCGCCUGGACCACACCUACGAGGCCAUACCUGAGAGGAAGAAGAAGAUCCUGGAGGAGGCUGUGGAACUGAGUCAAGACCAUUUCAAGAAAUACUUAGCCAAACUCAAGUCCAUCAACCCGCCUUGUGUGCCUUUCUUCGGUAUCUACCUGACCAACAUCCUUAAGACGGAGGAGGGCAACCCGGACUUCCUGAAACGCCACGGCAAGGAGCUGAUCAACUUCAGCAAGCGGAGAAAAGUGGCGGAAAUCACCGGCGAGAUCCAGCAGUACCAGAACCAGCCUUACUGCCUUAAAGUGGAGCAUGACAUCCGGAAGUUCUUUGAGAACUUGAACCCCAUGGGGAACAGGAGCGAGAAGGAGUUUUCGGACUACUUGUUCAACACGUCCAUGGAGAUCGAACCCAGGAACUGCAGACAAGCGCCUCGAUUUCCCAGAAAGACCACCUACACGCUGAAAUCGCCGGGGAUCCGGCCCGUGCGAACGUCUACCUCUGGCACCCUGAAGGGCCACCCGGUGCCCCUGGAGAGGGAGCCCGCCCACAAAAUCACUUUCCGGAGCAUCGCCGAGACGGACGCGGAGACGCCGGCGUCCGUCUCGGUGCCCACGUCCCCCAACACGCCCACGCCGCCGCAGUCGGCCUCCUCGGACCUCAGCUCGGUCUUCAUGGAGCAUGACCUCAGCAGCUCCUACGGCGGUUCCAACUCCAUCUUUGCUCCGGUUCUCCUGCCGCCUUCAAAGUUCCAGUCAGUGUCGUGCGGCAGCCUCCACCAGCUGGGGGAGGAGCUCCUCAAACCGCCGCCACUUCCGCCUCGAAGGAAGGACACCAUGUCGGAAAGCAAAAGUUCUCGGUCGGACAGCCCCCCCGCCAUCCCUCCGCGGCUGCCCCCGCCGCUCCCCAGGACGCAGCCGCGGACGCCGGGCUACAACGGCCCCAUGGACGGCCCCCUCCCCAGCCCUCCGCCGCCUCCUCCCCGAGACCCCCUCCCCGACACGCCGCCGCCCGUGCCCCAGCGCCCCCCGGAGAUCUUCAUCAACUACCCUCUCAACCUGCAGCCCUCGCCGGUGGGCCGCUACCACUGGGACUUUGGCAGCUCGCCCAGUUCGCCCAACACGCCGCCGAGCACGCCGUCCCCGCGCGUCCCCCGCCGGGGCUGCCCGCUCAGCGCCAGCCAGAACAGCCUAUGUCCGCUGCCGGCCCCCGUUAUCACCGCCCCGCCCGUGCCCCCCCGCCACAACUCUGGCCCACAGUUGCCCAAGCUGCCACCAAAGACGUACAAGCGGGAGCUGCUGCACGGUCUCUCAUUGGUGGAAAACAGCGCCUCGGGGGACCCGUAGCUACGCCUUCGCCGCAAACCCUCUGUGCCGACGAGAAGCCGGCCGAUAAGGAGCGCUUGUUUUGGGUGCGGAACGCCCGCCCGCCUCACGGUUCUGAGGCUCGAACCUCACUCGGCUCAGGCCUUCCUGUUUGGGGUUUGCAUGUUGUUGCCGAGUUUGCGUGGGUUUUCUCCUGCGGGAACUCUUGCUUCCUCCCACUUUGUAAAAACACGCACAUUAGGUUCAUUGAAGACUAAAUUGUCCACAGGUGCGAACGUGAGUGUGAAUGUUUGUCUAAAUGCCCUGCGAUUGAAUAGCGAGCAGUCCAGGGUGUACCCCGCCUCUGGCCCCAAGUCAGCUGGGAUAGGCUCCAGCUUGCGUGACCAUAAGGAGGACAAGCACUAUACAAAAUGGAUGGCUGGAGAAUUGUUUGUCUAUCGUAGAUGUGCCCUGGGAUUGUCUGGCGACCAGUCCAGGGUGUACCCUGCCUCUCGCCCAAAAGACUCGCCCCUAAUAAGGAUUCCGUUUGGGAAAGUUCUCACUGUUGUAGCUUCAACUGUUACGCUUCCUUCUCACCGAACAGCUGCCAAAGUCUUAUUAUCAAAUGUUUUAUGCAGGGGGAAAAGGGAUUCUUUUUUGAUUUUUUGUUUUUGUUUUGUUUGUUUGUUUUUUUUCUCGUUUGUUAGUUUUUUACAUGACUUUGAAGAGGCGACAGUGAUUCAUUCUGCUGCCCCCUCAACUCUACACUGUGACUGUUUCCAAGCCACACAAGAAGUUGCCUUUUUUUUUUCCUCCCCCCGGCUCGGAUUUUUUGCACAUCGAGUUCGAUUCCCGUCAAGCCACGAUGUCAAAACGGCGGCGGGAGAAGGCCGGAUUGCCACGUCUUAAACUCAACGACGCCCCCUACCUAAGCGCCAAAUACUUACAAACUUUCUCCCCACCGAGACUGAAAAUCCAACCAAUCGCGCCGCUCAGAUGUGCCUUUUUGUUUUGUUUUCUACUUUAUGGUGUCUCUAAUAAUAUGCUAAAAUGAGAGAAAAAAAAAAAACAACUGAAAAACAAGUUGCCUAUGUAACGUUUAGAACAAAAGCUAUACGACUAUGAACUUGUACAUGUUUGUGGAUAGUGUGUAUAGAUAUAACAUGUAUACACUGACUAAAUAAUUUGUAUAAAGUGACGUUUCUGGUUGUACUCUCA